AUGUUCAUUAGGGUUGUAUCAGUAUUUUUCUGCAUGUUAGCAGCAUGUAGUGCAAUACUUCAAGGAACGAUUGAUGUAAAGAAGUUGCAAGGAAUACUAGAUGAAGGCCUUAUAAGUAAAGACAUAAGUUCCAUGUACCAUUCUCUGAAGGGACUUAAACAAAUUGGGGCUAAGAUUCCUGAUGUUUGUCAAGAUAUUAAGUCAGCCAAAUGUGAUUUAAAUAAUAUAGAGCAAGUGUUUUACCUUACAAAUGCAGCAGCACUAUCAGGUUGCCAAAACUUCUUAAGUCCUGAUGUAUUAGGUGCACCCGUAAGAGUACUUGAUAAAAAAGAUGCUAGUAUUAGUGACAUAUACUAUGCUGUGUACUCUCUAAAGGCAAUUGGAAAAGGACAAACAAUGGAAAAGGAAGAAGCCUUGAAAAAUCUUAUUCAAUUAUUGAAGAAGGACGAUUCUCCGGCUAACUAUGGCUUUGUGUUUGCCUUAUGUGAGCACAUGGGAUGUGAAGCAUGGACUGCUCAGCAUACAGAUGGCAUUUUGCUCUCAGCUGAUGAAAGUGACUCUAAGGCUCUGCAUUUUGAAGGUGGCCUGCCUGUUACAUCUUUUGUACUUACUACUAUCUUACGAUCAUUCAAAGUGUUGAAAAAGCCAUCACCACUAAGCCCAGAGCAAAGGUACAAAUUCGCCACAUACCUAGUGUCACGCCGUUCUGUCAAUACACCGCGUGGUGCUUCCCUGCUAUUGGAGGCUGCAUAUGCCAUUGCUGAUGAUCAGCCAACACCGAUCUGCAUAUCAUUUAAAGACAGAAAGUAUAUUACAUCAGAAAUGGACACGAUAGAAUUCUCUGUAACAGAUUUAAUAGGUAGAGCAAUACCCAACCUUAAGCCAGAGGAAGUUGUGGCUCAAUCGGGCACUAGACUAGCAGAUGAUGUUGUUGUUCUAUCGAAACAGCCUCUGGUGAAGAAACAAAAUGAACUGACAACUUUUGUCCUUAAUCUUAGCAAAAUUAAAACACAAUAUGGCAUGUACAAGAUCUCUUUAGCCGCUGGAACAAAGUCUUCCAAUUUUAAUGUGGCAGUUUUGGGUGAAAUACAACUUGGUAACCUGGAAGUUGGUAUUGGUGAUGUAGAUGGUACAACCAGUCCCAAAGUGACUACUCUUACAUACCCCAAUAAGCUCACUGAUGUAUUACAAGCAGACCAUUUGCAAAAGGUUUCACUCAAGUUUAGUGUGAAAGACAAAUGGAACAAGCCCGUAUCAGUUCAGCAAGCAUUUGUGCGCGUCGCUCCUGUUGGUGGAGAAGAUGAGGCUAUAUUUGUGGCCGAGCCUGACAACACUAAAGCUUACAAGGUUGACUUGAACGUAGGUUCUCUCGGAAAGCUUGUACAGCAAUUGUCGGGACGUUACACUGUGAGCGUGUAUCUUGGAGACAGCGCUGUUUCCAACCCCCUUCUUUGGGAUCUGGGCGAGAUCUCAUUUCAAUUUUCCAAGGAUUUGUCAGCAAUAGAUUCCGCAGGCCGUCGAGCAGGCGCAAGCGCAGUACGAGGUCCUUUGCCAGAAAUCGCGCACACUUUCCGUGAACCAGAUGCACGUCCUCCUCGCUUCGUUUCGGAUGUCUUCGCGGCUGCCUGUGCGGCGCCGCUGCUUCUGCUGUUGCUUUUAUGGGCGAAGAUCGGCAUAAACUUCGGAAACCUGCCACUUACACCCGCCGCGUUGUUAUUCCAUCUGGCGCUUGGAGGUUCUUUGGCGCUGUACGGCUUGUUCUGGCUGCAGUUGUCGAUGUUUGUUACGCUGCGCUACCUUACACCACUGGCAGCACUCACAUUCCUCUCGGGGCACAGUUUACUGCGUCGUCUCGCGCAAGAUAAGAAGCGAUAA